UUAAAGGGGGACGAUGCCAAUGCGUCGCCGUCGUCGGCACAGGUGUGCGCUCCCCAGCAAAUCGCCAGUCCCCCGCCACGCCUUUCUCCCCUAUUAAGCCCCGGAUGCUACGUCUCCCCGCAGUCCACACCAUCGUCUUAUCUCGGGGCCUAAGAGCCAGAGGAAUCAUUUCCUUCUUCUCCAUCCUUCCGUCCAGCCUUGUUGGUUUCACUGUGCCGUCGAUCGGCAUGGCGAGGAAAUGCUCGAGCUGCGGCCACAAUGGCCACAACUCGAGGACCUGCGGCGGGCACCGAGGCGUUGAGAGCGGCGGCGGCGGUGGGCUGAGGCUGUUUGGGGUGCAGCUGCAGGUGGGCGCCGCGCCUCUCAAGAAGAGCUUCAGCAUGGAGUGCCUGUCGUCGACCGCGUCGGCCUACUACGCGGCGGCCGCGGCCGUGGGUGUCGCCGCGUCCAACUCGUCGUCGUCCGUGUCGUCGUCGUCGUCGCUCGUCUCGGUGGAGGAGAGCCCGGAGAAGAUGGGCCACGGGUACCUCUCCGACGGGCUCAUGGGCAGGGCUCAAGAGAGGAAGAAAGGGGUUCCAUGGACCGAGGACGAGCACCGGAGGUUCCUGGCCGGCCUGGAGAAGCUCGGGAAAGGCGACUGGCGAGGCAUCUCCCGGCACUUCGUCACCACACGCACGCCGACGCAGGUCGCCAGCCACGCCCAGAAGUACUUCCUCCGGCAGGCCGGCCUCGCGCAGAAGAAGCGGCGGUCCAGCCUCUUCGACGUCGUGGAGAAAAAUGGCGACAGGGGAGCCACCGAGCGUCGUCACAGGCUGAAACCCGAUGCCACCAGCUCCGUGGACGCGAUGGGGUUAACGUUCCCUGCUCUUUCCCUGGGCGCCAGCCGGCCGAGGCCGGACGCGGCGCUACCGCCGUGCCUGACUCUGAUGCCGAGCUGCUCGCCGCCGUCGUCGAUGAUCGGCGCACCGUCAGCGAGCCGUGCACCGAAGCUCCCUCCUUCCCUGGGCCUGGUGGCAAAUGCGAAUCCUCCUCGGCAGGCGCCUGACCUGGAGCUCAAGAUCUCGUCCACGGCCGCCCGGAAGACCGACCAGCAGGCCGGUGCUGCCGCCGGUUCGUCGCCAUCGCCGAGGACGCCCUUUUUCGGAACCAUCAGGGUCACCUAGAGCGAGCGAAAGACCACCCACCGGAGCGACGGCUUAAAAGAGAUCUUUCCGUAGACGACGACGACGACGAAGAAGAACAGCAACAAGAAGAAAGAGCUUUUGCUAGUGGCGUGCUACAUUAAACAGUAGUAUGUCAGUCAGUGUGCGUGUGUUGCUGGCAUGGCAUUAAGAAAUGCCAUCACCGAUCCAUCCAUAACCAUCCUGUAUUAUCACCAUCACAAGGCCCAACUUUACUGGCCUAAUUUAGCCAUGCAAAUAAACAAGGAACGGGCCUCAUUGGCAUCAUCUUUAUGUUGA